ACACUCACACACACACGCCCUCCAACCCUGCCAGCCGCCUCACAUCCAUCUCACACUCUCCCGUUCAUGUUUAUUUGUUUAUGUUUAUUUAUUCUCCAUCCCGGAAAAUAAGAACACGCUGGAAAAAAAACGGAAAAAAAGAAAAAAGAAGACAAACAACAACAACAACAACAACAACAACAACAACAAAAAAGGAUUAUUAUUUAGUUCUGAAUGACGGGCGGCCGGUUCGACUUCAACGAUGGCGGCACUUACUGCGGCGGCUGGGAGGGAGGGAAAGCGCACGGGCACGGCGUGUGCACGGGGCCGCGCGGACAGGGCGAGUACAGCGGCGCGUGGUCUUAUGGCUUUGAGAUAGUCGGUGUGUACACAUGGCCCAGCGGCAACACGUACCGGGGCUACUGGGCACACGGCAAGCGGCACGGGCUCGGCGUAGAGCGCAAAGGACGCUGGGAGUACCGGGGUGAGUGGAGCCACGGGUUCAAGGGCCGUUACGGUGUCCGCCAGACCCGAGAGUCACCUGCCAGGUAUGAUGGCACCUGGAAUAACGGACUGCAAGACGGAUACGGGGUGGAAACCUAUGAGGAUGGAGGUACAUAUCAGGGUCAGUGGAUGGGUGGGAUGCGCCAUGGUUAUGGCGUGAGACAGAGUGUCCCGUUUGGCAUGGCCAUGACCAUUCGCUCCCCUUUGCGAACUUCUUUAUCAUCCCUACGAAGCAUGCAGAGCAACGGGGCUGUGCUGCUGCAGGAUGAGGCCUCCAACCUGCCGGCCAACGCACGAGGUGGCUUCGUCUUAAAUGUCUAUGCUCAGAAGAAAAAAAAGCCUUUGGUCCGGCGUGGGUCAUUGUUUGGGAGCCUUCGUCAGCUCAGGAAGUCCGAAUCAAAAAGUUCAAUUUCCAGCAAACCCAGCUCGACACGUAGUUCUGCCCUGAGUCGAAUUAGCACGAGCGACGCAGAGGAUGAGGAGAAGACAGACACAGAGGAAAUUGUAGACACCGAUGACAAAAUGGAUGCCACAGUCACCGAGUCCUAUGCAGGAGAGUGGAAAAAUGACAAGCGAUGUGGUUUUGGAGUGAGCGAACGCUCUGAUGGCACCAAAUACGAAGGGGAAUGGUUGAACAACAAGCGGCAGGGAUAUGGCUGCACCAUUUUUCAGGAUGGAACCCGGGAAGAAGGAAAGUACAAAAAUAACAUACUGGUCCGAGGGAUAAAGAAGCAGCUUAUUCCACUGAAAAAUCCCAAAACCAAAGAAAAAGUGGACAGAGCAGUGGAGGGAGCGAGGAGAGCAGCCAAUGUUGCCAGAACCAAAGUGGAAAUCGCCAUGUCGAGGACAACCCAUGCCAGAACAAAGAGUGAAUCAGCAGACCAGGCUGCACUUGCUGCUGACCAAGAGUCAGAACUUGCAAGGACUAUAGCAAAUGAAUUAGCUCCUGACUUCCAGCAACCAGGCCUUGAGUACAUCAAGCAAAACUUCACAGAGCAUGUGGAGGAAGUUAAAGACACUCCACCAGAGGAGGAGAAGAAGAAGCAGGAGAAAGUAGACUCAUCAUCAGGCAGUCAUUUUUAUCGCCGCGGCACGACUCCAUCGCACUCACCUGCCCAAAGCCCGUCUCCCUCACCACCGUUAUCACCAACAAAGAAAGAUCAACAAACAAGUACUGGUGUGACACGAAAGAUUAGCACUACGGCAACCCGUAAAAUUAGCAAAGACAACAGCGCUAUAUCCCAUAAGAUUAGCAAAGAUGAAAGAGCCAUCAUUGUAGCUGAAAUAAGCAAAGCUCCUCCAGUUAAAAAUCAAGAUACUGCACCACCAAAGCCGCCCAAGCUCAACGUACCAUCAUUAAAUGGCCAAUUACACACUGCUUAUCAUAGCUAUUAUGUGAAAACACAGAAGAACAUCCCUCCACCGGAAGAACCGGAGGAAGAAGAGCCAGAAAUUACACAGCCCAGUUUAGCUCGAAUGCCACCACCUCCGAAACAGGUACAGUCACCCACGCCAAAUCUAGAGACAAAGCUCAGGAAACAAGAAAGUGUAAAACCAAAGAGUCUCACAGAAACCAAGAAGGCCAGCAUGGAGAUCACAAAUGAGGUGUUAGAAGGUGAUACGGGUCUGAAUUCUAUUUUAGUUGCCAUGGUGAUGCUCUUGAAUAUUGGAUUGGCCAUCAUUUUUGUACACUUUUUGACAUGAUGCGAUGUGUUUCAGAUGUCCACAUUUGGUUAAUGUCGCAGUUGGGAGAGUAACGCAAUCUGAGUGUGUGUAAUUAUGCUCUUUUGGACUCCAGCCGCAGAUAGCUAUGGCGUCUUCGGUGGAUAUUCAAACUUGUGAUCUCCUUUACCGCUUGGGAGUUCCAGUGUGAACAUAUCGCACUGAGGUUUUAUUUUGUGAUAAAAUUCAUUUUUUUUCAUUUAGCUAUAUAUGCCAAUAUAAAGGAUGACAUGACAUCUUGCUUUAUGCAUACGAAUGCCGUCCUAAUAGGGCUGGAGUGUAUGCAGAAACAUCUGAUCAUGACUUUUAUUAAAAACAUAUUGUUAGUCCAUCUUGUAUGUGUACAUUUAGAGACUAGAGCUCUGAUUUGACAGUGUGUGUGAAUUGUACUCUGUACUUCUGAUCACAAAACUGUUGUUGGCUGGAUUUAUUUGGUCGGUAUACUUUUGACACUGUGGUGUUUAAAGGUGACUGAUCCACUUACACAUCAGUGUCACUGCUAUGAGAAUAAUCCACCAUCCAAAUAAUAUCUAUCAGCAGUAGCAGAUAAGAAAUUAUGCAGAGCAACAGAUGGGCUAUAAAAAGCAAAGCUACUGAAAUUUAAGGUGUAGCUACAACGUAGGAGGCUUUACACCGCCAGGUAAAGGUUUCUGAGAAUUCUAUAUUUUAAGAUUUUUGUUUAAAUGACCUCAUCCACUGAAACCUAAAGAUCUAACCAAAGUUACAAGUGAGGUGAGAAUUGUGUGUUAUUAAAUGCUUAUGCCACAGCACUGUUCUUAAAUCUGAUUGGUCAGUUGUUUUAUAUGAAAUGUAAAACAGCUCUGAGAGUAGAUCUUAAAGUAACUAAAAUGAAAGUUUCGUAGUAAUGUGCACAUUCUAAUAAGUCCAAAAAAAUAAACAUAUCAUUUUUUUUACUUUGUAUUUGCCAAAGAUAAAACAUAUCACAUAUGUUUAUGUGUCAAAUUCACAUUUAUGGAAUUCUGCAUUGUCGGCUCUUAGCGUCAGUACGUUUUUUACAACAGGAAAGGUUUCAAAACAGCCACGUUUGCAAUUAAAGGUAUUGGUUUCAUCGUAACAUGACAAGCUGUUAGCUUCAGUGGUUAGCACAUAUGUCUCACACAUCUGGGAUUGGUGGUUCAAGACCUGCCUCUGCCCUAUGUGUGUGGAGUCUUCAUGUUUUUAAUGUGCUUUGGGGGUUUCCUCCAUGUUAUCUUGUCUUCCUCCCAGUCCAAAUACAUGUGUUGUAGACUGAUUGGCAACUCUCAAUUUUUUGUGGCGUGUGGUUAUGUCCUGUGAUACCCUGUCCAGUGUGUCCUCCACCCUGUUAUAGGCUUCCAUGAACCUUGUGUAUUAUAACCUGUGCAGAAAAUGACUUCUUUUUAUUUUAACAUAACGUAAAGAAAGAAAAAAGAGAGGCUGAUGAGAGAACAACAGUUCAUAUAUUACAGAUGCCCUAAUGCUCUCACAUUAAACAUGACUGUGAAGAGUUUAUAAACACAACAUGUCAUUUGUUAAUAAAUUACAGUUUGCGAUAAUUGUUAAAUACAUUGUGGUAUAAAAUGAAUAAAACACUUCAGGGCAUGUUGUUAUAGGAAAGGCCCACUUCAGGCUAGUAAUAGUAACUUCAUCAGUCCACAUUAUGUCAUCUAAUCAUGGUUUAUUUUCCUAUAACAUGUUUUAUUCCUUACUUAGUGAAUUUGAUAAAUACUAGAAAGGGAUUUAUAUAUCAUUAGACCGGUCUAGCUCUAAUCCAGAUCAUUUAAAUGCAUACACCAGUGCCACGUGAUUGAAUUGAGUAACAUUACCACAUACAUAAUAUUAACACACACAUUCAAUAUGAUUUGAGUGUAUAUUUUUAAUGCUCUGAAUAAAAUUAAACACCGAGCACACAUCCUAGCACCAAACCAAUGAGGCUGGUUAUAUAACCACCGUGUUAUUCUACAACAUGAUUUUAGUGCCUGUAUUUAUAUUAACUUCUAUAGCGAUGAUAUACUUUUUAACAUUUUAUUACAUUGAUUACACAAUCGCUCUACUUUAAAAAACGUGUUUAGUAUAAGCAGUGAAAUCACAUUUUGUUGAGAAUUAUAAUAUUUAUACUAUAUGUAAUAUAUAUAUUUUUUAAAUCUGACCAAAUGUUCCUUUUUCAAUGUUAUCAGACGUGUUAUGUUUAAAGCAAUAAUAGUGAUAAUACUGAAAUAAAAUAUAAAAAAACCGAA